CUGCGUAUAUAUUGAUCAUUACUUCAUUUUUCCACAGGGCUUGAGGACUGCUGCCUCUCAUGCAAUCAAUAAUGGGAAACUGCUUCGGACAAUCUGCCAAGUGUGCUCAUGCUUCUUCGAAUUUUUCUGGAAGUACUACAGAGCGUCAUUCCAAGGCAAAGCUUCAGGAUUCCACCUCUUCAAGUGAGAAAACAGUAGUACCUUUGGGAAAUUCGAAAACAAAAUCUAGUAUAAACUGCAAGGCCGAUGGAUCUAUCAGCAACAAACUCAAGUCCUUUAGCUUCAUUGAUCUGAAGAAUGCAACCAAGAAUUUCCCCCCCGAUAGUUUACUUGGAGAAGGAGGGUUCGGGUGCGUAUUCAAAGGAUGGAUUGAUGAGAACACUUUGGCUCCCACAAAACCAGGAACUGGGAAGGUAGUGGCAAUAAAGAGACUCAAGCCAGAGAGCUUUCAAGGCCACAAGGAAUGGCUUGCAGAAGUGAAUUAUCUAGAACAGCAUCGCCAUGAAAAUCUUGUGAAACUCAUUGGUUACUGCUCAGAGUCUGAGAAAAAGCUCCUAGUAUACGAAUUUAUGCCGAAAGGAAGCUUGGAGAAUCAUUUAUUCAGAAAAGGUGUUAAACCGAUUCCUUGGCCUACGCGGAUGAAAAUUGCAAUUGGUGUUGCACGAGGAUUAACCUUCUUGCAUAGUUUAGAUGCCAAUGUAAUCUACCGCGACUUGAAGGCUUCUAAUAUUCUACUCGACUCGGAUUUCAGCGCAAAGCUUUCAGAUUUUGGCUUAGCAAGGGAUGGACCUACUGGAGAUAAUACACAUGUUUCGACCAGAGUUGUGGGAACUCAGGGAUAUGCUGCCCCAGAAUAUGUAGCAACAGGCCACUUAACCCCAAAGAGUGAUGUAUACAGCUUCGGCGUCCUAUUAUUAGAGUUACUAUCAGGAAAACGGGCAAUGAACGAUGAAGCUGGGACGUUUGUGGAUGAAACCCUGGUGGAUUGGGCGAAACCAUUUUUGAGUGACAGCAGACGAGUUUUGAGGAUUAUGGAUACAAGGUUGGGGGGUCAAUACUCCAAGAAAGGAGCUCAAGCUGCAGCUGCACUUGCUUUGCAAUGUCUUCAUACAGAUCCCAAGAAUAGGCCUGCCAUGAUUGAUAUUCUAACCAGCUUGGAAAGGCUUCCCACAUCAAAUGUUCUUCCCAGGAAUCCGCAAGGUAUGAUUGACAAUCAUAGGGGGAAGCAUUUCAAUCACUCUCGCUAGAAAACAAUGGAGAACUUACUCUGUAUUAUAAAAUAUGUUCCCAAUAUGCAUAUAAUAGCCACUUGAUUCUUUGGGAUUUAUUUCGUGUUUUGAAGGGAAGACUCGUUAUCCUUGUAUCUUGUCGUGGCUUGUAAUUAGUGAGUCUAUGUACAUCAAGCGAUUCACUUUCCGAUUAAGAGAACAAACAAAUUUCUUCUUCUU